CCACUGGCCUCUCGACGAAAUUGAGAAGAUCUUCUGGAUGAGAAGCUCGGGUUCAGGAGAACUUGCCUGUCCUGGCAGAAUGUUUGUUGCUAGACACGCGGUGGACUCUUAGGAGAAGUGGAGUGCCGUGUGCCUGGUGAUUCUUUCAGUCGAGGACAUUGAAGACAUCUGCCUAUUUGGAACCAUCUGCUGAAUGACAAAUUGGAAGAUGCCGUUCAAGUGGCCUUUGAAAGAUACCUGGAAUGGUGACAUCUGUUCAGUGGUGGUGAAUGGUGCGAAAUAACCCUGCAAGAGUAUAUCUGCAACCUAAUCAAUGUUUUGCUCACCUUCGGCCAUCGGUGGUUAAAAAAAGAGGUGGAGGGGAUCAUUAAGCCCACAAGAGGAGAGACAUCGGAAAGAGAAGCAGCAGACGAGACCAAGAGGCCGAAAAGGAGAAAAUGCCGGAUUUCGCAGGCACCUGGAAGAUGAAAAGCAGCGAGAAUUUUGAGGAGUUGCUAAAAGCUCUGGGUGUGAAUGCCAUGCUGAGGAAGGUGGCCGUGGCGGCCGCCUCCAAGCCCCACGUGGAGAUCAGACAGACCGGCGAGCAGUUCUACAUCAAGACCUCCACCACCGUCCGCACCACAGAGAUCAACUUCCACGUCGGCGAGGAAUUUCAUGAGGAGACGGUGGAUGGACGAAAGUGUAAGAGUCUGGCCACUUGGGAGACAGAAAACAAAAUGUUCUGCAAACAAACUCUACUGAGCGGCAGUGGGCCCAAAACCUUUUGGACCAGAGAACUCAGAAGAGAUGAACUCAUAUUGACCUUCGGAGCCGACGACGUGGUGUGCACAAGGAUCUACGUUCGUGUCUAAGAGACAUUUUCAGCAACUCAUUCACAAAAUGCAUCAACAUUUCAGCACCUCAUAACCGCCAUGUCUUGUAUUGUUUUUUUUAAUCGCCAUAAAACACUUGUGUCUUCUGUUUUAUCCCUCAUUAUUUCAUGUUCAUGUUUUCCCCUUUGAAAGUGGUGAGAAUAGGGAAACAAGAAUAUAUAUGUGUCUAUGAAGGAUAGUUUAAUAGAAAACAGCAGACUAACGCACAUGUACAUCAUAGAAGUCAACAGAGUAGAGAAUCCAACUUACUUCCACACUAAACAUGCUUGAAUAAAAAAAUAAACCAAAUUGCAAGAUUGUCAGUAGCUGGUUUCCGAUAACGAUGACUUUUUAAAAGUACCUGUCUGGAAGCUGUGUAGACCCACACCUUGCUCACCUUACCAUCUAAUGGUGAUGUGCCUGAAGUCAAUUCCUGACAUCUACAUGUGGCACAUGGAAGUUGGACUCAUAGUAAUACAAAAUUAUUAUUCUACAAAAAUCUCGAUAUCAAUAUUUGCAUUUUAUCAUAUCCAAACUUCAAAACCAAGAAACAUUCUUUUAUUUUAUUUUUUUACCAGCAACCCUCUUUCAAGGGAAUGGAACAUUCUCAAUAUUGCAGACUAUCUUUGUCCAUCCGAAAACUGUACACAGCUGACACUGAACUGCAACACGAGGCAUGUCAGAUAAGUUCCCGGAUUUAAAUCCUUCCAAUUCCGAUGGAAAAAAGAUUAAUAAUUUUCUAAAAAGUAAUCAAACAAAAAAUUUUUUUUUACAUUUUUUUUUUUAGGAAUCAAUUUAGAAAAAUACGUUUUUAGGCUAUCUCCAUGCUUACUCGCCGUGUGUAUAUAUGUCAUAUGUCAGAGACCAUCUAGCUUAUGUGCUAUUUUGUGCUUAACUGUUGUGUAGCUACAAAGUACAACCCGGGGGCCUUUUGUGGCCUGCAGCUCGAGUUUUGUUGGCCCGCAACAAAUUGUCGAAAAAAAAAGCAACAGUAAAAAUCUAAGAAGAAAGAACUAAAAUAAGUAAUGUAAUGAGAAAAAAGCUGAAAAUCUGAUGUGAAUA